CCCCGUCUGGUCCCGUUCAGCUCUCCCGUUGCAUACACACACGCCAGCCUUACCCGAUCUCGCGGCUGGAACUGCAGCUCGACCUGAUCCAUCGCCGUGCCACCACCCCUUCCCCGCAUCCGACUCGUAGCACAGACAGCAACACUCAGGCACAAUGGGCGCGUCCAUAUCCAAGGCCAUGGCCAAGAUCUUCGGAUCAAAGGAGAUGCGGCUGUUGAUGCUGGGCCUCGACGCCGCAGGAAAGACGACUAUCCUCUACAAGCUCAAGCUUGACCAAGACGUCACCACCAUUCCCACGGUCGGCUUCAACGUCGAGACGGUCACAUACAAGAACACCAAGUUCAACGUCUGGGACGUGGGCGGCCAGGACAAGAUCCGUCCGCUCUGGAGACACUACUUCUCUGGAACCCAGGGACUGAUUUUCGUCAUCGACUCAAACGACCGCGCCCGUAUCGAGGAGGCCAAGACGGAACUCACGAGGAUCAUCCAGGACAGAGAAAUGAAGGAUGCCCUGCUGCUGGUAUUUGCGAACAAGCAGGAUUUGAGUGGAGCUAUGCGACCCAAGGAGGUAUCGGAUUUGCUACAAUUAGACAAGAUCGCCAAAGACCACGUAUGGAAGGUUGAGCCCAGCUGCGCAACAACAGGAGAGGGUAUCUUUGAGGGACUGGCAUGGCUCUCAAACAACGUCAAGCUGCCACCGGGCGCCAAGUAGACGUUUGACCGCCAUCACCCCCUCCCCUUAUCCCACCCACAUCUCCUCCCGCCCGCUCUCAUUCUUGUACGACUGCAUGCGCUCCUCUACUUGCUCUGGCUCUUCCUGCAUAUACCCGGUUUUCGUCCCUUUAGUGUCACUAUCGUUUUUUUUAAUUUUUGUAAUACGCGGCUACUUUUUACAACCGGCUGUCUGUGUGUCCAUCUAUCCAUCUGUUUGUCUGUCUGGCUUGUCUUUGGGGUCUCUUUCUGUUCCAUCAUCAACAUCACCGCAAAAAAUGUCAGGUCUUGAUUUGGUCGUGUGUUAGACUGUGUCGGACUGUUCCAUAGCAAGCGAGUCCAUUCCAGGUUUUUUUGGUUUGUGUGAUGCAUCUUUGAAUCAUACACGUGCACUCUUUUUUUCUUUCUUUC